AUUGAACUCAAUUUUUUUUUUGUUGUAUUAUAAAUAUAGCUUUAGUUUUCUAAGAACACCCUUCAUAGCAAGCUAUCAAACACAAGAUGGAAAUUCUUCGAGAUGAAUUGGAACGUAUUCGGAAAGAAAACGAAGGGCUGAGAUUAAUGGUUGAAGUUAUGAGCAGCAAGUUGAACCUUCUUCAGCAAGAAAACAAAAUAAAUUCUUCAUUUUUCAUCUCUGACUGCAAUAAAAGAUCAAGAACUGAGAGUGUUAUUCCUAUUUCCAAACCAUCACAAAUCUUUGUUAGAACUGACUCAAAAGACCACAGCCUUAUAGUGAGAGAUGGAUAUCAAUGGAGAAAGUAUGGACAGAAGGUUACUAAAGAUAAUCCAUCACCCAGAGCUUACUUUAGGUGCUCCAUGGCUCCUACUUGUCCUGUCAAAAAGAAGGUACAAAGAUGUGUAGAAGACAAGUCAAUAGUAAUUGCAACUUAUGAGGGUGAACACAAUCAUGAUCCUUGUAACUCUUCACCUAGAUACUCUUUACAUUCUCCUGAUACUCCAUCAAGAGAUUCCAUGAAUUCUUCUCCGGCGGCCGCCGCUACUUCUUUUGAACCGGCCGCCGCAGCCGUGGGCCUUGAUCUGACUCUCUCAACUCCUAUUCAUUGUCAAAGUUUUAGAGAAAGCAAAAAUUGGAAUAGUAGUAGCAAGUUGGAAGAGUAUAUAGCAUCACUCACUAAAGAUCCCAACUUUACUGUCAAUUUGGCUGCUGCUGUUGCUACCUCUAUCAGUAGCCAAUUAUCAACCCAUAGCUGCUUUAUUUAAUUAGGAUUCAACUUUAUUGAUAAAUAUAUAUCAUCAA